AUGGAGUAUGUAAAUGGGCAAUCGCUUGAGCAAGCAUGGCCCAGCAUGGGAUAUGAGGAUAAGGCUGGCAUCUGUCGCGAACUCAGGACAAUCUUUCAGCAUCUACGCCAAGUUGAACAGGACCCAGAGGACCUGUUUGUAGCUGCGAAUAUCCUGGGUACCCUUUGGAUGAGUGAUUGCUGUCAGCUAAUCUUUCUCUUCGUAGGCAACAUUACGAAGGGACCUCUUUAUGAUAGAGCAUUUCAUGUGAACUAUAUGCAUGAAGCAGGCCCUUUCGCUACAGUUCGCGACUUUUAUGAUUGGUUUACAUUUCUUCACCGAAGACCCAUGCCAGAUCCGUACUCAGUUCCAGUGGAACCAUUCCGCCAUGACCUCCCAGACAACUGUGCAAUUAAGUUUACUCAUGGCGACCUGCAUCGCAGUAAUAUCAUCGUCACACCCACACGCCCAUACCGUAUUCUGGCGGUUGUUGACUGGGAGCAAUCCGGUUGGCUGCCUGAAUACUGGGAGUCUCGCAAGGCGCAAUAUACCGCUGACAGAGCUGACGAAUGGUCCCUCACCUACCUGCCCAUGAUUAUGGAGCAAUUUCCUAUUCGUUGUGAAGGGAAAUCGGGCUGGCGGCUGCUGAAAGAUAUUCCGGAGGAGGAUUGGAACACUUAUUUCCGCAUCUGCAUCUUCCUUGAGUCCGUAUGUGUGACCAAUUUCCCCGCAAUGCCGAGGGCUCGGGCCCCUAGCCUGGAGAAGUUUGAAACAUCCUGA